AUGGAGAGUCUAGCUCACUCCGCCAUCGUUCUCGAAGAGUUGUUCGCGGUUGAACCCGCUGCCUUCAUUACAAUCGUCGCAACGGCCCUGGGACUGAUGCCACUCAUUCUGAGCGGCACCCCUGCUCGACAGGAAAAGUACUUAAAGCCUUUCCUGUCUAGGCAAGGUGAGCCCCUUGCCAGUUUGAUGCAUUCAGAGCCGAAUGGAACUGCAAAUUGGCUCGAGAAGGGAGGACCAGGCCGCCAGACAACAGCCAGGAAGGUUGGAAAUGAAUGGAUUAUCAAUGGCGAGAAGCUUUGGACCUCGAACAGCGCCGGUUGGGGUGAAGAGGGAGCAGAUCUUGCGUGCGUCGUGUGCAGGCUUUCCGAUGAUGCCUCCAAGACCCAAGACCCCAACAUUGACCCCGCUUCACUCAUUAUGAUCCUCCUUGUUACGCCGGAGGUCAUCGCAAACAAUCCGAAAGAAGCAUACCAGGUUCUAGGGGAGCCGGAGCUUGCGGGCCACAUCACCACCUCUGGCCCGCACGCUCGCUUCACCGAGUUCCGUUUCCCUUACGAAAAUAUGCUCUGUCCUCACGGAGAGGGUGCACCUAUCGUCGAGACAUCUUUCACCGUAUCCGCAGCCCUCGUUGGUGCGAUGGCUGUUGGUACAAUGCGCGCAGCCUUUGAUGAAGCCCUUGCCUUCGCCAAGUCUGACACGCGCGGUGGCUCCAAGCCCAUCAUUCAGUACCAGAGUGUGGCUGACAAGCUCAUCGACUGUAAGAUGCGGAUCGAAACGAGCCGUCUUCUGUUGUGGAAAGCGGUUUGUAAGCUUGAUGACCCUGCGGUUGAUUGGAAGGUGAAGCUCGAGAUCUCGAUGCAGGCAGAGAUUUAUUCGACAGAUUGGGCUGUCGACUGUGUUGUGGAUGCCAUGAAGGCGGUUGGCAUGAAGUCGUAUGCAAAGGACAUGUCGUUCCCCAGAUUGCUGAACGAGGCUAUGUGCUACCCUUUGUUUGAUGGGGGUAAUAUUGGGCUUCGUCGGCGACAAAUACAGCGUCUCAUGACUGAAGAGGAAUACAAGCCAUGGGAGGCAACCUACAGCUCUCGGGGAGUAGAGAAAGGGCGCUUGUAG